UCGCCUCCGGCCGUCGAAGCGUUCGUACGCGUCGCAGCGCGCUCCGUCGUCUUUCGCUUCUCGUCUCGUUUCAGUGUUUCAUUCUCGUGAAAGUUCAGUGUUAAAAUGUGCCACCUGUCACCCUUGCCCCCUUUCUUCUUAAUCGCAUGCUCCGCUCACCGUUUCGAGUACCUGUUCGUGAUGGAUAGUGAUUGACCGUAGUUGCUUCCGACACGCGCUUCCGGCUGUGGAGGAUUUACUUCGAGCACGGGAUGUUUAAUCAAAGCAAUGGAAUUUCCUGGAGAGAACACUUUAUUAAAUUCAAGAAUACAUGAUCAUACACGAAAGCCCGAGUGUACCAGUGACCCAGAAGAAUAGACAGUGUACCGUUGAAACUCGUGGACAAAUCAUAGAAUAAUGUGUCGAAGUUCGGGGAAAGUUUCCAGUGGAAAAGAAAGGAGAGGAUCUUUGAAAUCGGCGAGGUGAUCGCUCGUGUAGUAUAUAAUGUAUUGGUGAAGGGAAACGAGGAAACUUUGAGACAAAAGAUGUGCUGCUCGGGUGGCCCCGGUGGCAUCAGAUUGACCAGGUGUGGUGUCGUUUGUGGUAUCGCAGCGCUCGCAGCCCUCAGCACUGCGCUUCUGGGACCCGCUUGGCUUCAUACAGAAGAGAAGCUGAAUCUUCCUUAUUUGCCACGAAACUUUGCCAAUGUCGUGACAGUGCGUUUCAAGCUGGGUCUCUUCAGGGUCUGUCCGAAAAUCGUGAAACCUGCCAACUUGACAGUCCGUAUUUCCACACCACCAUGUACCUACGUUAGGUACAGCAGUCUAGAGGAUGUGAGACCACAAGAGUUAGGAUUCCUUCAACUGGAAUUCACACCCACAGUGGUAUCGAAAAUACGGAUUUCAGCCCCGUUUCAAGUAGCAGCUGUGGCGCUGGUCCUUGCUGCCACGAUCUCAGCUUUAAUUGGACAUUGUUAUUCGGAUCAUAGAACUCUGGUCGCCUGUGGAUUAUUCCUCCUCAGUGGACUCUCGUUAGGAGGUGGGCUGAUAGUGCUCGCAUCAGCUUUAUCAGAUGCAUCGCUCGAAGUACCUGGAAAAUACAGUCUUCCCUCAACAUCCAGCAUGCAAGCUGAUGAUAACGGUUUGCCGCAGUAUCACUAUGGUUGGUGUCUUCAGUUGUCGGGGCUGGCUUUGAUUUUGGCGGAAGUUGCAGCUGUUUUAACGAUGUCUGGAUAUAUGGCACGUUUCUCGACAGUCGAAGAAAUGGUAAGAGUUAUGGUUCCUGGUGCCGAGAGGAAGUUAAGGGAACAAAGAGGACUGAGUUCAGAGUACCUCGUUAGAGCCCAUCAGAAAUCACCUGGGCCCCCACAGACCCGAGGUUUCGGGCAGUCCUCAAAAACGUCUCAAAGAGCCCCUGAAGAAGGCACCUCUUUAUUAUGCAAAUCAGCGCCAGAUAUCUGCGCCUCCAAUCCUCAAGCCAUCAGCUACGUCGAUAAAGCAGAUCUAUCUCACGUGUUACCGGCGUAUCCAGACGCAAAAAAUCCAGAUCCACGGUACAACUUUACCGACAAAUCAGAAGCUAGUGUUAUCGACUCACGGUUAAGUGGCUUUGCCGAUAAGGAAGGUUUGAUAGAUUCCGGGAUCCUUUCUGAUUCUCGACAAAAUAUGAUCGUCUUCACUGAGAACAAGGAGCAUACUGUGGGCCAGGAACCACGAUACACUGAAUUUUCUCCAAGAACAACUGAACAGAACGUAGUUGACUCAAGAUUGAGUGGUUUUACCGAUAAGGAAGGUCUCCUCGAUUCUAGACUGAGUGGAUAUGGUGACAAAACGGAAUCGUUAUUGGACACCCCCUUUGGUUACGACACACGGUACAACAGUUUAGCGGGUCAGACAGUACCCAUCACCUUGAAAAAUCAGAACACUUCUGUCUCAGCUAUUCAAUCUCAAUAUAUCUAUCAGAAUUUCGGAACAAUUCAUUCUGGUAUUUUGAGGGUGUCCGAGCCAGGAACAAGUUCCAGUUCAAAUUCCAGUCAGAGAAGCAUGACGUUACAAAAUCCCAAACGAAAAUCACAGAUCGCUCAAAACACUUUCAGCACGAUGGAAUGUGAAAAAAGGAAAAGAGGACCUGGAUUGGCUGGUAAGACAGCGUUCUACACUGGCAGCGCUGUAUGACCACCACCACCUCCUCCGACGCCUAGGUAACUGGAAGAGGAGGAAACGCCACUCUAAUCAUGAAUAUAAAAGGACGAACAAAAUUAGUGGCGUUGAAUCCAUGUCGGAGGAAUGCAUUUAUAAUGCAAAUAUAAUGGUAGAAAUCUAUAUGAUCGACAAUUACAGAUUUCUAUCUUAUCUGCUGUUGAAAUAAUGGCUAAUGAUAAAAGUGUUAUCCUAUGAGGUGGUGGAUCGUAUCUACUGUAGAUCAAACAAAUUCCUGCAAUUUUUUUCACUCAAUUAUGCACUGGACAUUGAAGUUUCUUGAGUGAAUAAAGACAUAAUGAAUUUCAAAAGAGUGAAAUGAAAAUUUGUACAUAAAUUACUGAUUUAAGAUUGGUGAACAAAGUCUAUGUAAACCAGACGAGCUUGGAACGAAUUUUUCUAACGUUUCGUAGCUCCUAAUAAAACGUGUCGUACAGUUAUAAAGAAGUGACAUGUUAAUCGAUAAAAUAAAGACAAAAGGAUUCGUGGUAGCGUGCAUAAACUUUAGCUAUAGUUUUAAGUGACAUAGGCAACGUAUCUUAAAAGGGUUAAAAUAUAGGGUCGAUUUUACCUGAGAAUUUGUAUCUUCUACGUGUGAAGCCGUGAUCUUCUUGUUAUUUAUAAGAGUUAAUCAAUUUUUUUUUUUUAAAUAUUGAUACACAGAAUGCAAACAGAAUUCCACAAUAACUGUUCGUUGACCCACUGACCUGGUUCAUUUAUAGAAAAUGAAUUUAGAUUCCACGUCAUUUUUUUUUUCUACUUUUUGGUGGAAGAAUCUAACGCGUGAAAAGUGGUUCAACAGACAGAUCAAAACUCGCAGCUCACCGUUAAAUUUAACCUCAGCUAAUCACGUAAUCGCGUUUCCAAGCUGCAUAAUCAAUCGAACGGAGCCAUAAGUUGAUGAAGAAUAUUAAUGUAGUCGAUAUGCUGUAAUAUAUACUCGAUGGUCAGUAUAGUCACGAAUACUCAAUCGGGCGUAAACUCGUCUGACCAUUUUUGGGGAAAGAAGGAAUGUCGAGAGCAAGAAAUUUGAUCAGAAGUCGCGUUUGACGAAUCGUAUCAAAGAUUUUUCCAUAAAAAAUGAAUCACUAUUUUUAAAUGCUAUGGAAUCACAAUUUUUAACAAUGUUAUGAAAUAAAGUACGUCACUGAUUUAGGUAUUAUUUAUAAAAUAGUUUUGUUAAAAUUAACUCGUUUAUGGGAAAAUAUUUGAUUAGAUUCGUCAAUGUUGGACAUAUCAAGAACGAGAGCGUUUUUAAUCGAAUCAUUGCUACUCUUUCCCUCGUUCAUAUUUCCUAUUACCCGCGAGACGAUCUGCAGGAUUUGAGAAUAUUUUACCAUCUCAAAAAUCCUGCAAUAUUCACUCGAACAUUGUUGUGUAUGUAACUUUGCAACUUACGUAUAAACAUUAACGUAUCAGGAUCGUAGGUAAAUGUAAUAAAACGUUUCUUUUCUAAA